CCGCGCAGCUGGGUCGCAGCAGAGGGCUGGAUGUGUUUUUCCUCCUGACAAGUAUAAAUGGCCUCAGUGUUUACAGUUAGUUAUUCGAGGUCUUAUGCUGCUGUCGCCGGCUGAAAGUCAAAAUGUCUCCGCCGUGCAACCGCACAAUGUGUUUCUCAUGACUGCUCGAGCGCUGUCAAAGACACUGGUCAAACUUUACAGGAGACAUUAGAUUUUUUUCCCCCCCCCAGACUUUUUGUUGUGGUUUUUUCUUCAUCCUUCACUUGUGACUGAGGAAGACGCGUCAAGAGGAAACUUCUGCUCAAGGUCAUCUUAAGGUUGAGAGAAGGUCUACGUUGAAGUUGGCAGCCAUGGUGUUGAUUCUGGGCAGAAGGAUGAUCAGGGAGGAGCCAGGGAUCAGAGAUUCACCAGCUGUCAAACGCAAGGUCUUUGAGGUUGAUUCCAAGACUCUAGCCAGCCACGAUGUCUUGGACUUCUGCUCCGGCGCAUCCCACUCAGACGGCAUCCUGCAGGUGUUCAACGAGUUCCGCGACUGCCGCCUGUUCACUGAUGUGGUCAUCAGCGUGCAGGGCCGCGAGUUCCCCUGCCAUCGUGCUGUGCUCUCCGCAUGCUCCUCCUACUUCAGAGCCAUGUUCUGCAAUGAUCACCGCGAGAGCCGCGAGAUGCUGGUGGAGAUCAAUGGCAUCCUGGCCGAGGCGAUGGACUCCUUCCUCACCUAUGUAUAUACUGGCCGCGCCAAGAUCACCACUGAGAAUGUCCAGUUCCUCUUCGAGACCUCCAGCCUCUUCCAGAUCGCCACACUGCGCGAUGCCUGUGCAAAGUUCCUGGAGGACCAGUUGGACCCGUGCAACUGCCUGGGCAUCCAGCAAUUCGCAGAUGCUCAUGCCCUGAAGCAGUUGGCCAGCCGCUGCCGCAGUUAUGCCCUGGCCAACUUCUCAGAGGUAGCUCAGCACGAGGAGUUCCUCGACCUGCGCAGAGAGGAGCUGGAAGAGCACAUUGCCAGCGAUGAGCUGUCCAUCGGUAAGGAGGAGGUCGUGUUCGAGGCCGUGAUGCGAUGGGUGUACCACAGCGUGGAGCACAGGAAGCCCAUGCUGAAGGCCCUGCUGCACCAUGUGCGCCUGCCGCUUAUGCACCCCAACUAUUUUGUCCAGACGGUAGAGGGAGAUCAGCUUAUCCAGAACGCUCCAGAGUGCUACCAGCUCCUCCAUGAGGCCAGACGCUACCAUGUGCUAGGAAAUGAGAUGAUGUCACCCAGAACUUGUCCACGCAGGUCGACCGGCUUCUCUGAGGUGAUCGUGGUGGUGGGUGGCUGCGAGAGGAUAGGAGGCUUCAACCUGCCGUACACUGAAUGCUAUGAUCCAGUCACAGGAGAGUGGAAGUCACUGGCCAAACUCCCUGAGUUUACCAAGUCAGAGUACGCUGUCUGUGCCCUCCGCAACGAUAUUCUGGUGUCCGGUGGUCGUAUCAACGGCAGGGAUGUGUGGAUGUACAACUCGCAGCUCAACCUCUGGAUCAGAGUGGCUUCUCUUAACAAAGGCCGCUGGAGACACAAGAUGUGUGUCCUUCUGGGCAAGGUCUAUGCCGUGGGAGGCUAUGAUGGCCAGAGCCGCCUGAGCAGUGUGGAGUGCUAUGACUCCUUCUCUAACCGCUGGACAGAGGUGGCACCAAUGAAAGAGGGGGUGAGCUCUCCUGCGGUGGCCAGCUGUGCCGGCAAGCUCUUUGUCAUUGGAGGAGGGCCCGAUGACGAAACUUGCUCAGACAAGGUUCAGUGCUAUGAUCCAGAGGAAAAUUCUUGGUUACUACGGGCUAACAUCCCCAUCGCCAAGCGCUGCAUCACGGCAGUGUCCCUCAACAACCUGAUCUAUGUGUCCGGUGGUCUCACCAAGUCCAUAUACUGCUAUGACCCCAUAGAGGACUACUGGAUGCAUGUGGUUCAAACCUUUAACAAACAGGAGAGCUGCGGCAUGUCAGUGUGCAAUGGUAAGAUCUUCAUCCUUGGCGGCAGAGGGGAAAGUGGUGAAGCUACAGACACCAUCUUGUGUUACGACCCAUCGUCAGGCAUCAUCACAGGAGUGGCCGCCAUGCCACGGCCAAUCUCUUACCAUGGCUGUGUCACCAUCCACCGCUACAAUGACAAGUAUCAUAAGAAAUGACCAUGAAUAAACACACCGACACACUCACGCUCACGUGAGAGCACAAACUGUACAACUUUAACUCUUUGAAAUUCAUGUUCUUCACGCUUACCCCAUGUACAGCAUCCUACUUUUUUUUUUUACAACAGGCAUAUUUUAUCACACCUUUCAGCUAAUAUUAUUUUUCACAGCAUCAUGUAGCAGUUGUCGAUGUGGUGCAGUAAAUCUUUCAUUGUUGUGCACCAUAGUUAUAAUAGCCCUUCUGUGAAAAUGCUUAGAGGUUGGUAAUGUUAAUGACCUGCCUGGAACUUGAGAUAAAGUGGAAUUAGGUCAACAUGGCAGAUUUGUCUUGCAUUAGUAGUAACUGCACAAGGUUGGGGAGAAAUGGAUCACGUAUUACAUGAUUAAAGGAACCUGGUCAUGAUUUAUGUUAUUAAUCUGAUUGCAGAAAUCCAGGAAAAACAUGAGAACUUGUUGAAUUCUCAAAAAAAAAAAAAAAGAUUAUGACAGUAUAAAUAAAAAUGUAAUUAUGGAGAUUCGUUCUUAACUUUGGAACACAGGUUAGUAGUAAGAUAUUGUAAUAAGAUUUUAUAAACUUAAGUUUCACAUACUACCCAUAGCCCAUUGUGACCUAAAUGCAGUGCACAAGUCUUUUGUUUACAUCUCACCCCUAUUUGCUGAAGAAGCCCUUUGCAUAUGGUUUAAAACUUAAGCUUAUGAUAGUUCAGAAUGUUUUCUCACAAUAUUUGCAAACAUUCUUUAAAAAAUGAAUUAUGGUAAGUGCAGAGGAUGUAGAUCUUAUGUUUCAUACAGGAAACGUUUUGCCAAUAUAACCAAAAGAGCUAAAACUAAUAACAUUAUGGGGGUUAUUAUUUUUUUUUAAUUAAUUAUUUGUGAUUCUAGUGUGAUACUCAUUAUGAGCAGGUAAUCCGUUUAACAGUGAACUUCACAACAAUGUGCUUUUAUUACUGUGCAAAGUUACCUCACCUUGAGUUCUGGGUACCUGACGAGCUAAAGCGAUCACAGAUAGUGCUAAUGAACAAAAACAGUGCCUUGUAGUGACAGUUAAAAAAAACAACAUACAAAGCCGAGAGCGAUCUGCCUGCAGAAGCAAAAAUUAUGACAGAAAGAUGGAGUCAGGUCAAACAUCUGACCUUGUGACCACUGCACUCAAUGCAGAUGUGUGCACUCAGUACAGCACAUCACAGCACUGGUAAAGAUUGUUCAAAAAAGUACUGUCCUCAAUUUUUAUCUCUUUUCCGUGAUACUAAAAAUGACGUGUUGAAAAUGUGGUGAACAGUCAGCCAGCUGCUCGCCAGCAGUAUCACUCGUCAUAAAUACAAGUUGCUCUUACCCAGGCUUAAGAGAAGAGAUAAAGAACGGAGGCUGUACCAUCAUAUUGGAACACAGCCAUUGUUAGCACUGCCCACUUGUUUCCUUUUGUCUCUCACAUCCCUGCGCUUAUCGCCUAGUUUCACAUCCUGUGUGUUUCCCAUUGCCCUGCUCCAGCUGUGUCACCAUCUCACAUUGAUAUCUACUUUUUUAACUUUAUUUUUUAUCAUUAUUCUUAUUACACUCAUUUUCGUUUCUUUAUUUUUUAAGUUAUACAUUACUUUGACUUUUUUUAUAAUUGGAUGUUUGUUGUAUUAUCUGUAACUUUAGUGUGUCUAUCAACGUUCGUUGAUUGGUGCACUGGGCUUGUGUGUGGUUUUGUAGAUGUGAGAAGCCUUUGUAGAUCAAACUCAAAGACUGUUUAGAUUAAGCAGCGUGUUUGUUACAUAGGCUGAAUGUAAAGAUGGACGACAUGACGGCUCCCCAAAAGCGAAGCCAAAGCAUCUCGAUCGCCACCCAGUGAGUGGCUGCAGUAUAGGUCACAUACUCUGUCUCCUCCUUGUUAGUGGAUGGGAUAUGGACCAAACUAAAAAGUCAAAGUGCACAUCAAACACAUAGACAGGACGGACCCAGACUCUGGCUCAGCGUUUGUAUCAAAUUUUAGCUUCUUGUCUGGAUAGAGGGGGGAAGUGUCUUCCAUCUUUAUAUACAGUCUAUGAUUUGUUCUGCAUGUACGUAUAUAUGUCUGCGUGUGACUUUUAUGACUCAGUCUUGAUGUGUUGGACGUUUGUCAAGGAGUUCCAGUGAACUCUGAUGCUGGCACCCCUCACCUGUACACCUACAGGUAACCAUAGAGACCUCCAGGUGUGUAAGUGUUGAUAUGUGUUACUGGUCAGCUGAGGUGCCGUGUGUAGCAGUGCUAUACCUCACGGGGGGGAAUUCAGAGUUCUGAAUGAGAAGGCUUGUCAAUGGAGUGGCUUAUGGUCAGUAAAAGUCACCUUUUACAACAUUUGGUGUUGAUAGAGUAGAGAUAUUGCUGUGAACAUAACUUUAUUUUAAAUUGUUUUGGUUUCGUUGUUUAACCUGUAUUUAAAUGUGUAUCUUUCUUGGUUACAUAUUGUGUUUUUUUCUGAAACUAAGAGCCCCAAUUGUGCACUUUGACAGAAUCCUGUUAAAUGUAGAAUUAUAUGAUGAUGAUGAUUACCUUUUAAUUUUUUUUUUUUACUGUAUCAGUAAAUGUUCUUUGCCUUCAUGUGACGUAAGAAUCGGGGCCUGUCAGCUCCUCCUGUUGGCCGCCACCUGUCAUAGCUCAACAGAAUAACAAAACAACAAAGUUAGCUGCAGGCGAACAAUGCCAUGAGUGAGUAAGAGAGUUUAAACUUGACCUUUUAUAGUGACAGGUAGGGGGUUUGCUUCCGUCUGUCAGUCACAGUGACAGAAUACAGGGGGUGGGGGAUUUUAGUUUAAGGCAUUUUCUGAGAAGGAUGAGUGCUGUGUCAGGCCAUCAACUAUAGUACACACUGAAACAAAACAUCCCCAGGCCCGCAGACAUCCUGACAUCCUGAGGGUUACACAGGAGGCCAACAAGAGGAGGCUGAGGGGUGAGGAAGUGGUAACGCAAAAGAGAUGGAGUUCAAAAACAGUGAGAGAGAGAGAGAGAGAGAGAGUUUGAGUGUGUGUGCGUCUGUGAUUUCACUGAGUAUUUGAUGCAGAACGUGACACUGUCCUGUAAUGUGGAUUUCAUUAUUCACUGUGUAGAGACUUUCAUGAAUUGUUUAUGCUUUUUGAUAAGAUUUCGUUAAUGUUUAUUGAUUUUCUGUGGUGAAUUCUGGGUCUGUGUGUUGCUGAGGUAUUUUCACUCCCACGUGCUAAUGGCAUGCCUUAAAUUAAACAGAGCAGAGUGCUAAAAGUGAUAGAUGGAUUUUAGUCAGGAUGCAGAUUUAAGCCAAAGUGUAUUUGAUUGAAUCCCAAUGGGGACUU